AUGCUGAGUAUAGGCCAAAAGGUGGCUUUCUUUGUGGCCUUCAGUGAGUUCUUUCUGGGGACUUGGGUAAAUGGCUUCAUUGGGCUACUGCAAUUUCUCACUUGGGUCAAGAGCAGGAAAAUUUCUUUGCCUGACUUCCUCAUCCUGACCUUGACUCUCUCCAGGAUCAUCCUGCAGGGGAUACUGAUGCUUGAUAAUGCUUUAGCCCUAUGCUAUCCCCACUUACGUGAAGUAGGCAUGUCGAUGCAAAUUAUUGAUAUUUUCUGGAUAUUCACCAAUAACUUAAGCAUCUGCCUGAUGACCUGCCUCAGUGUCUUCUACUGCUUGAAGAUUGCCAACUUCUCCCACUAUGUUUUCCUCUGGCUCAAGUGGAGAGUAUCUCAUGUGCUUGCCUGGAUUCUUCUGGGUUCUGGGCUCUACUCCUUCUUCAGCACAGUGCCACUGAUACUGAACUUCAGCACUUAUUCUGACCUCAGUCAAAUGAAACUCUCAGAAAACUGCACUGAACAUGCCCAAAGAAAGUUGAAGGAGUAUUAUGUCUUGCAUAUGCUUAGUGCCCUCUGGUUAGCCAUUCCCCUAUCUGUGUCCCUGGUCUCUUCUGUAAUGCUCAUCCUCUCCCUGGUGAGACACACCCAGCAGAUGCAGCAUUAUGCCACUGAGAUGAGGGAUCUGAGCACCAUGGCCCAUGUGAAAGCCACCAAAGUCAUCCUCUCUUCUCUCUUCCUCUUCCUUGGAUACCUUCUUGUCCUCUUUCUUACUAUGUCUGCUCAUUUCCUUCCAAACCGCAAGCUGGCAGAGACAACUGGGUCACUGAUUUUUGGCGCUUAUCCCUCUCUUCAAACUUUCAUUCUAAUCCAAGAGAACCAGAAGCUGAAGCAGGCAUUCCUUAGGAUGUUCCAAGUCAAAAAGUGGAGGAUGAAAUGUUAG